AAAUAUUACAAUUUCAAUAUGCAAUCAAUAUAAAAAUGCAGAGGUUUGCAUUCUUUUUUCCAAGCAGUCUCUGAUACUGGGUGUGCAUUUGACACUUACGGAACAUUAAUUUUGGACUGGCGGCAUUUCAAGCGCCUAAUACCCACCAUCCUGGACAGCUUGGCCCCGGAAUUCCCCCUCGUUCCCCUUCUUGUCCCACCACCCCGCAGGAAGAAGUGAAGAUGGUGGGGGGGCGGUAACACUGCUACUUUGGGACUGAGGCAAACUCGGGGAGGACACCACCCUGUGAAGUUGUGAUGCUGCGAUGCUGAGACCUCUCAGCCAACCUCCCCUGCCCCCCUCCCCCGCUCAGCGAGGAAGCUCCUACCGCAGGAAAGCGCCAGGCUGCGGGUGGGGGAUGGGGGGAGUGGGAGAGGUGGGGGGGGAGGUGGAAGACGCCGCGCAGAGCCGCACGCAUGCGUACUGCGCGCGCUCAUAAACGCAGCCUGGCGCCCUAGCAACGGGUUCCAAGCCACUGUCUCGUCGGAAUAAGUGGCUUUCCCCGGAGUUCUAGUCCCACCAGUCGGUCUCGGCUUGUCCCCAUCCACGGUUCUUUCUUAUCAUUUCCGUUUCUCCCCUCCACUGGUUCGAUCUCGCUCUCGCCCGAGCCCUGAGCCGGGCUCCCGAAAUGAGUACUCGUGGUUUCCGCGUGGGAACCAACCCUUGCCGCCUCAGGCUCGCCCUCCCCGGGCUGAGGUGGCUGCUGGGGCUGUUCCUGGGGCUUCACGCCACCCGCAGCGCGGCCUUCUACCUCCCCGGGUUGGCUCCAGUUAACUUCUGCGAGGCGGCCCGAGAGACUGCAACCUGCAAGUCAUCAAUAGCACUAUUUGUAAAUAGAUUGGACUCAGAAGAAUCUGUCCUACCUUAUGAAUAUAAUACCUUUGACUUCUGUCAAGAUUCUGGAAAGAAAAACCCUUCUGAAAAUCUCGGCCAAGUACUAUUUGGAGAACGAAUAACAUCAUCCCCCUAUAAGUUUUCUUUUAACAAGACAGAAACAUGUAAAAAAGUUUGUGUAAAAUCCUAUGAUAGAGAAAAUGAGGACCACAAGAAAAAGCUGGCUUUUUUGAAGAAAGGAAUACAACUAAAUUAUCAACAUCACUGGAUUAUUGAUAAUAUGCCAGUAAUAUGGUGUCACGUUAUUGAGGAUGGAAAGUACUGCACACCAGGAUUUCCGAUAGGAUGUUUUAUUACCAAAAGUGGCAUAGUGAAAGAUGCUUGCGCUCUCCACCCUGAAUUCAACAAAAAUAAUACUUUCUACCUCUUCAACCACGUUGAUAUUAUUAUUAUGUAUCACAGGGAAAGUGAAAGAAAUUGGGCUAUUGCAAGAUUGGUUGCUGCUAGACUUGACCCCCAAAGCUAUAAGCAUUCGGAUGAAAACCACCUAACUUGUAAUGGACCCCCUAUGGAAAUUCCUGGAGAACAUACAGAUAAGUUGAGUGUCACCUACACUUACUCUGUGAGAUUUGAAGAAAACAAAAGCAUCAAGUGGGCAUCUAGAUGGGAUUAUAUUUUGGAGUCCAUGCCUCAUACCAACAUUCAGUGGUUUAGUAUUAUGACUUCCUUUGUUAUCGUUCUCUUCUUGUCUGGGAUGGUGGCUAUGAUUCUAUUAAGAACUCUCCAUAGAGAUAUUAUCAGAUACAAUCAGACGAAUUUUUCUGAGGAGGUCCGGGAGGACUUCGGUUGGAAGCUGGUUCAUGGGGAUGUAUUCAGACCUCCAAGGAAUAGAAUGCUGCUCUCAGCUUUCCUGGGUCAAGGAACACAAGUUUUGAUUAUGACGUUUAUUACCUUAUUUCUGGCUUGCUUUGGUUUUCUUUCCCCCGCCCAUCGAGGGGCCUUGAUGACCUGUGCCGUUGUGUUAUGGGUCCUCCUGGGAACCCCUGCUGGAUAUGUGUCGGCUAGAAUGUAUAAGACAUUUAAAGGUGUUAACUGGAAGACAAAUUUUUUGCUGACAGCACUAUUAUGUCCUGGUGUCGUCUUUGUCGACCUUUUCUUUAUGAACCUGAUUCUUUGGGUGGAAGGGUCAUCGGCUGCAAUCUCCUUUGGUACCCUGAUAGGUAUCCUUGCGAUGUGGUUUGGAAUUUCAGUACCAUUAACAUUUUUGGGUGCAUACUUUGGAAGCAAGAAAAAGUUUAAGCAUCCAGUUCGCACAAACCAGAUUCCCCGUCAUAUUCCUCAGCAGAAUUUCUUCACCAGACCACUUUUUGGCAUCAUAAUCGGUGGCAUUUUACCUUUUGGCUGUAUUCUUAUUCAACUCUUUUUCAUUCUGAACAGUAUCUGGUCUCAUCAGAUGUACUUCAUGUUUGGCUUCCUUUUCUUGGUCUUUAUAAUUCUCUUGAUUACCUGUUCAGAAGCUACAGUUUUGCUGUGUUAUUUCCAUUUGUGCGCUGAGGAUUAUCAUUGGUGCUGGAGAGCCUUUUUUACCAGCAGUUUUACAGCUGUUUACCUUUUCAUAUAUGCAGUUCAUUACUUCUUUGCCAAACUUCAGAUCGUGGGCAUUGCAAGCAGCAUUUUGUACUUUGGGUACACAAUGGUCAUGGUCUUGAUUUUCUUCCUUUUCACAGGGACAGUUGGAUUUUUUUCCUGUUUCUGGUUUAUUACUAAAAUCUACAGUGUGGUAAAAGUGGAUUAAAGAAUGUCUCCCAAAGGCUUCCAGGCAUGUCACCACUGCUUUCGAAUAUAUACAUCUAUAUCUAUAUGAACAUCUAUGGAGAUACAUGUGUAUGCUUCCUACUACACAUUUUAAAUAUAU